AUGGCGGUCCCAGUGAGUUUGAAAGCUAUUUCUCCAUACCUGAAAACCGCUCAAGAAUACGACAAACGCGAUCCUGUUGUUGCUUAUUACUGUAAGUAUAGCUUGAAAUAUUUUUUUGGUGCUGUGAGGUAUUAAGCGUAAAAGCAAAGAUGGAAGCUAAAGGAGAAACAGGUAACAUUUUAUUAAGCUUAUUUCAGCAAUACAUGCUUUUUAUAGCGAUGACAUUUCCCUGUGAAUGAAAGUCAUUGCCAAGAGUUGUGUUUUAUUGCAUAGUUCUGGACACUUCCAGACCUGCCAAAUCCCAGGAGAGGAAAGUUUGUCGUGAGAUUUUGUUACAUAGGUCGAAGAAUGCCAGUUUACAAAUUUUAUUAUAGAAUGGUCAUAAUGGUAGUAAAUAGUAUUACACCUAUUUUGCGACCUCAUCACCUUGAAAAAUUCAGUCACAAAUAAAAUACAGAUUACUUUUAAUUAACUUGAUUUAAGAAUGAGACUUAAAAUAAGCAUGAGCGAAGAAAAAGAGAUACAUGUAAAGCAAAGGAAGGAUAUUUAACAAUUAUUGAAUGAGCCUGAUGUGAAGAAUUAUGCAGUUCAAGAAGAAUGUAGGCCUUGGAGGUCAGCAUAAUUCUUGGCAUCGUAUCGUCUGAAAUCCGAUAAUCUUCCCAGCAUGCAAAAGCUGAAUUCAAUACCUAUUUAUUAUUCAUUCAAAAUAUUUCAUAGACUUUCUUCAAAACUUUGCCCUAUUUCUUGGCACAGUAUCAGGAUUUGUUUUUUUGCUGCAGAUUCUCCUCAAAACGUAGAUAAUGUAAUAAAAAGAUAUAAACCGUAGUAUAUCUGACAUUAGUGCCGUCCCAAAAUACUGCCACAUUGAAAAGCACUCCUGCAUUUUUUUGAGCAAAACUUAUUAAUAAUGUAGCUACAGCAAAACAUGACAGAUUAUUUUAUUCUUUGCCAUGGAUAAGUGAGAAUUGUUGGACAGUGAAAUCAAGAAAGUUGGCAGUUUGUGCUUCAUACUGCGAGACACAGAGUAAGUUAGGGAAGAUUUCACUGCACAUAAAAAAAUACAAAACUGUUGACGAGAGAUUUUAUGUCCUGCUGCAGGUCGUCUCUAUGCAAUGCAGAAAGGGAUCAAAAUUGAUAGCAAAGGAAAAGAAAGUAAACCAUUCUUACUGCAGCUAAUGGAUCAGUUAGAACAGGUUAGAAACAUACUUCAAGAGUUGUGUCUUUAAGUGCAAUAAUCUGCUCUGCAUUUACUUCUUUGUCCUCCAGUACACUAAUUUUUUUUCAUUUUAUUUUUAUACAGUCAGGGGUUUCAAUAAAAACUGAAGUAGCCAGCAGGUUUGAAUAGAGUAACCAACUGUGUAUCAACAAGGGACUGUUUGAACUAGUCCUCUUUUUCUAGGGAAAAGUUUGAAAUUUCCAAGCCCUAAAAUGCGAUUUUCAGCGUUCUGGGGACUAAAUGUGAGGACAAAAGAGCGUGUUUUUCAUUCAAAAAUGUAGCUUUCAAUUUAUAUGUCCCACAGUCAAUUCCUACAAGAAAAUGAACAAAAUAAUGAACAUACUUUUGCACCUGAACAAAUUCUGUGUAAACCUAUAAAAGAAACUGUGAAAAAAUGACUGAAAUAUAGCGUUCACAUGACUUAAGCAUAACGAAAAACUAGUGGGCCUAUACAAAAACACUUCAUAAUUACCUUUUCAUUCAGAUUUUAUGAUAUAUUACUUGUCUACAAUGUUAUUCAAACUAGUUGCUUCUUCUUUACUUUGUAGAGAGAAGUAGCUGACUUCUCUAAGCAAAGUAGGCGAAGCGUUUUGUUGGCCGUCGGUGCUUAUUGAAACCCCUGUACAGUAUAUAUAUUCAUUAUUUCAUUGUCAUUCUUUCAUGGGUUCUAAAUAAAAGUUGUGUCUAUAACUGAAAUGAUCUUCUUCAUAUUUACACUGUAAUUGAUCUGCUAUAAUUUUUUGCAGAAAAAGAAGGAGUUGGGCUCAGCGGGUUAUGAGGCUGUCAGUGAAGAAGACGUUGCCCAGCUUCACAUUGAUGAAAAAGCACUCCAGCUUUUCUUGUGGGCUGAUACUGAGGACCGUGCUUCAAACUUUAAUAAGUACUUUGGAUUCAUGCUUUCUGUCAAUUAAGAACCUAGCAUUUGGAUGUUAAAGCAUGCUACUCAAUAAUAACAGUAUACCAGACUACAACAAGUCUCUUAUUUUUCUUUUUAUCAUCAGGGUUCGUAAAUACGCCAAAUUUGGUGUAUUUUACGCCAAAAUUGUUCAGAUGACUCCACUGAAGUUAUGGAGGGAGUCACUUCGACUCCAAAAAUUUUUGGUAACAAACAGGGAGCCACUUCGACUCCAGAAAUUUUCGGUAACACAGUUUUGUCCUUACCUUUUUCGCAACAAAUACAAUUUACGUUAAUUGUAAACGUUGUAAACCUUAAUUAAGUCAUCGAAAUUAAAGAAUUAUACUGCACAACAAAACAGGAAGAGGGUAAAUUACGAUCAAAGUUUACUCGAUGACCGCCAUCAUGGAUUUGAGUUUUCCAGGUCAGCGGACGGCACAGCUACUUCGUGUAUCCCUCACAAUAGUGUAUACAUGCCAGGACCACGUGCUGGAAAGUCUGAUACUUGACUCCAAAUAUUCCAAAAUGACUCCAAAAUUUGUGAAGCAUAAGUCAAACUGACUCCACUCAUCAAUGAAAUUUGCAAACCCUGAUCAUUGUGCCAGACUAUGUUAUAAUAGAGACCUUUAGAUUCGAGGAUAAGAAUGACUGUGAGGAUGAGAUUUGACUCGCAGUUUUUUUGCGUAUAUAUAUUUCUCAAAAUAUGACUAGCAGCAGAUAAACUGAAGACUUGAUCGACUAUAAAAGUGCUCGAUGGUAAAACAGGAGCUGUGAAUAUAUAAUACACCCCAGAAAGCUUCAUUGUACUUUUUUUCACCAGAAAAGAUAGAGUUGUUAUCUUGUAUGCUGACAUCUGAGCUUACUGUUGGCAAGUUUAAUAAUGUGUAAUGUAAAGAGGGCGAGUCUUGUUGUCCGCUAAUCCAUGACAUUUCAUUGCAUCACAUUAUAUUGAAUGAGGUUAAGCCCUCUCUCGAUCACAAAACGAUAAAAUGUCUAACAUUUGAUGUCUUGUUUCAGCCACUAUAACAUUCUUGCUGACACUCGUAUUAGAAUGACGAUGACUAUUGCACUUAGCACUGAAAAGUGUAGGCACUAUAUAAAUAUUUUUUAUUACUAUUAUUAUUACUUAUUAUUAUAUUGCAUUUCCUGCCAAAAUAAUGCUGGUUCUUUUGCACCCAAAACUUAGUAUUAAGAAAAACUCUUACUCAUAGUCGUCCUCUUCUUAGAAUCUAUUAAAAGGUCUCUCAAUACUGUUUAAUAUCAUGUUUUUCUUAAUCCUUUCAGAAAUGUUGUCAAGUCAUUUUACACAGCCAGUCUGCUUUAUGAUGUUUUGACACAGUUUGGUGAAUUGUCACAGGAGGUAUUAAUAAUAUUAGGCUCUUUGAAAGAACAUUCUAUUUUAUGUAUUCUUUAAAUUCUGGGUGAAGAGAUAAGGGCCUGGAACGUUUUUCUGCAGUGUGCAGUCAGUGAAACAUCAGCCUGUACCACAGACAAAACUAUUAAACUCUUGUUAAACCCAUCUGCGAAACAGCUCUGAAAUCCUUGUUUUAGGCCCCCACCUGAGUACCAAGAUUUGAGUAUGUGCCAUGAUUGGUCGUUUUUAAAAAGCCAUUGUCAAUUUGCCAAUCAGGAUGAAAGGAAUAAUGAUAGCACUUCCUGUAAUUUGUUGUGUCUGUUGGGGGCCCAGAACAUGUACCUCGGCACUGCUUUGUGGACGUUACUACCCAAGGUCAAAUUAUGUCUGUGUUGGAAGCUAUGAAAUUAUCAUGAGAGCCACAUGAGAAUGCCUGAUGGUUGUUAGCUAUUUAUAGCUAACAUGAUAAAAAAGUAUUAUGUGUCCAGUGGUAUUCAAAUGCAGUCAAACGUCCUCAAUACAGACACCAUAGGGUCAGAACCGCAUAUCCACAUUGUGGAGGAGGAACUGUAUGAUGCUUUGUGUUUCUAGGAUCAAGUGAACUGUUUGCGAUAGAAUUUAGGUCUCCAAAAGUGGUGACGUUACUGAGGGCUGGAGAUUGAUUGGCUAAGGCCCUUGAUGUUGAUUCAGUAAAAAGUCAUUGCAACUUUGUUAUUUAAAAAUACAUUUUAUGUUUCACUGCCUGUAAUCCUGGCACAAAUAUAUUUUUUUUCACUUUAUUUUAUUUUACUUCAUUUUAUUAAACGGGCUAUGAUUGGUGUAUUUUUAGUACAUGUAGGUUUAGUUCGUAUUGUCAGGGAUUUAGCUAAGGAAAAGCUAAGCAGGUUUUUUAGUAGUCAAGCUGGCUUUUUUUACUUUUCUGCGCCUUCAAAAUUACUCCAUGUCUUUGUAAAUAAUGCAGCAGCCAUCUCCUAGCGACAUCCCUGUGUUGUACAACUGUAUCUAUCACUGUUCUAAAGUAAACAUAUUUUUUAAGCAACAUAUUACAACUUUAAUAUUGACAAAGUUUUACUCAGUAAAUUGACCAUUAUGUGUUUCUUUGUUAUACCUGUAUUUUACAGUGCAACUACUAUAACCGGGGCCACCUAGACAAAGUUGAUCAAUCGGAUAACGGUAAAAAUAACAAUACAUUCCAAGAAAGUUAGUUGUCAAUCAAAAUUACCAUGAAAUGAAAUAAACAACCUGGAUUGAAAUCAACCAAUUACAACCUACAGAUGUGACCUUUUGAACCUGCUGAAGAAAGAAUGUGUUUCCUGAGAGGUUCGUAAGAGUGAGUGACAGAAGGCGAAAAAUGUAAGAAGUGGUAGUUAUACUUUUGACUUGCGGUCGCAUGUUUAGCAAAGUGUGGCAAUAGAAGCGAGAGAUUGCUGGUAGAUGAUUAAAAUAGCAGCUUGUGUCAAGGAAAUAUGUCUCCUGGGUGUUGUAUGCAAAGUUUCAAAAAAGAAAAACAUUGUGUGGUGAAACAUUUUGCUUUCCUGAAAAGCGUUUGUUAUCAAUAUUAAAUUUUGUGCCUCGAGUGACUUAUUGUUUUUUUUUUUUAUGAGCUGCUGAUUGGCCGACAACCAACUUUCGUGGAAUGUAUUGUUAUUUUCCCAUAAUCAGAUUGGUCAACUUUGUCUAAGUGGCCCCAGUUACAGUAAUCGCAGUGUAAGAAGUGAAUUGAGAUUGUCUUGUCCUACUUUAGGGAGCUCACCAUCAAAAAUAUGCCAAGUGGAAAGCAGCUUACUUACACAAGUGUCUGAAGACUGGAGAGACACCCGUUCCAGGGCCUGUAGGUGGCGAGGCUGAAAGCUUUGAUAGAGAAGAGGAAGGGGCCUCCCCGUAUCCUCCGUCCAGUACGCAGCAACCCCAAGGGUACCCUAGCUAUCCAACAGAUGCUCAACAGCCACCUUACCCCACUGGCAAUACAGCAGGCCUUCCUGGUCAGUUUCCCUCCACUGCACCAUAUCCAACACCUUCUGCUCAACCUAGUAUAAGCCAGGUAAUACCAAGAUAGAAUUCAGUAAAUCAUGCUAGUUUGGGUAAAUAUUUGGGAUCAAUCUAGGUUCUGGGAAACUGCCCACCUACCCCUCCCCUAAGUGAGAAGUAAGUGAUAAUGUUGGCUUAGGGAAGGGGUGGGUAGGCAGUUUUCCAGAAACCUAACUUGAUCCAAUAUUAAAUUUUUGUUGCAAGCUCUCAUGAUUGUAGGGCUUCCUUGUAGUCUUUUAUCCGAGAACUAUAACAUGUGCUUGACCAAAUAAAAGGGUCUGUAUGUACACUUUAGUUAGAAAAAUGUGUAUGUCAGUGUGAGUGGACUUAGAUCUGGGUGACACAACCACAAUUCAGGCAGGACAUGGACAUUCAUCAUCAUCAUCAUCAUCAUCAUCAUCAUCAUCAUCAUCGAUCUUUAUUUAUACACAAAAUUGUAUCAUUUUUACGUGGUCUUUCUAGGAAUCGUGUGUAAAAUUAGACUAAAAUACUCUACGGAACUACUUGACUCUGAAGUUAAAAAUACAAAAACUUACAUUAUUAAUAAUAGGAGUUACAAUGAGUCAUGGUGCAUUAAGGUAAUCUUUCCCAUGAAAUGAAGUUUUAAAAACAUUUAAACCCCAUUUACACGCGUUAAAAAAUGGGCAUGGCAUGCCAAAUUUUUGGCACCAUACCUCGUUUUCCCCGGAGGUAGCCUCGGCACCCCUAAAUUUUUGAGCACUGGUGCCACAUUACAUUUGGGACCGAUACGUUUACAUGUCGAAAAUUUGGCGUGCCGUGCUGAUUUUUUUAGCGUCUGUAAAUGGGGUUUUAAGCUAGGCAGGUUUCUAAUCUCUGAGGGAAUCUUGUUCCACAGAACAGAUCCUCUGUAGUGUAGGCUCCCUUUUGCAGACUCAGUUCUGGGUCUGGGACAUAAUAAUUAACGCCGAUUUUCUAAGAUUGUGUGAGUGUAUGUUUGAGGUGUUGGUAAAGAUCCAUCUCAGAUACAACGGGGAAAGAUUAUUAUGGAUUUUAUACAUUGUCACAGCCAACUGUUUAAGUCUUACAUAUUCUAGCCUUUCCCAGCCAAGCUCAUCCAACAAAACACUUGAGUGAACCUCAUGGUUAGAAAAGGUGAGAAUUCUAGCAGCCCUGUUCUUCAUCCUUUGAAGUUUGUCUGCUGGUCCCUUAUUGAUAUUGCUCCAUAAAGCACUACAGUAAUAAUAAGGCAUUACCAGUGCAUUGUACAUAUUCACUCUAGUAUCAAAUGGUAUAUUAACAAUUAGUAAAGUCCAACUAAUGGUCUAUUAUCAAUGCUGCAUUCUGAUUGGUUGAGCUACUACUAGGCUAUAUGUUAUAGCCCACUAGUAGCGAAAAGCGCCGGCUUUUUGGCGGCAAAAAAGGAUUAAAGUCUAGCUUUAAGCAGCUAAAAUUUUUUUAUUCUCUAUAUUUUUGACCAACUGGUUGGAUUUUACUAAAACAAUUAUUCCUCUCGCCCUCAUGGCCUCUGAGUCAAUAGCCCAUUCGGCCUUCAGCCUCAUGGGCUAUUGACUCAGAGGCCAUGAGGGCGAAAGGAAUAAUUGUUUUAGUAAAAUCCAACCAGUUGGUCAAAAAUAUCGAGACAAAACAACUUAAGCUAGUAAAGCGCGAUUCAGCCGCCAUUGUUUUGGUUUCCAAAGCCAGCGCUUUUCGCUAUUAGUAGGCUAUAACAUAUAGCCUAGUAGUAGCUCAACCAAUCAGAACGCCGCAUUGAUAAUAGACCACUAGUUGGAUUUUAUUAAAAUGACUUACACAGUGAGUUACACGCUUUAAGAUAGCAAGACCAGCGGAUAUUGCUUGACAUGGACAUUGCGUCCUUUUUACUUUUAUUGUGUUGCAGCCCACUCAGCCAGUAGUUCCUUCCCCUGUUCCAGCAGCUUCAGUCAUUCCCCCCACGCAACCUACGUCCACCUUGUCUCCCCAAGACAGUGAACAAGCUCAGAAAUACUGCCGUUUUGCUGCUAGUGCAUUACAAUAUGAAGAUGUAAAGACUGCUAUUGACAACUUGCACAAAGCGCUUGCCUUAUUGGAAAAGUGA